GUGCUGCAUGGCCAACUCCUAAUUAAUAAUAAAUGGGUGUGUUGAGAAUGUUUAGCUAUAAAGCUCUGGUUGUGAAUGAUCAGCAGGAUGAAGACAGGAUGCUCCGCUCAGGUUCCAGUCAAAGCAGCUUCCUUCAGCAGCAGCAAUGUGCUGAAAUGCUGAAGCUUGAAAGGGAGAGCCUUCACCUGCUGUGAGUGCUUGGUGUAAACAGGUGUCGGGAUCUCUGAGAGCUGCCAGCAGCUGCUCCACUGAUGCAUUUUGUACUAAAUACACCCCUCCUUUCCCUGCAAGAGGAAAGGCGAGCCCUGGUCUGGAGGGGCCCAACGGGGCUGGGGGAGAUGUGGGGACUGUGGCCCCCCAGGGCUGCUCCUGCUGCCCCACAGCCCCGUCUGCCCCUGGAGGGAGCUCUGCUGCAGAGCGGGGCCGGAGCCCAAAGCCUGCAGGAACUGGCAAUAGAGGCUGAAAGCAAAAGGGGAUGAAAUCUUAAUUGGAUCUCCACCGCCCUGCAGAGAAACGCGUUUGGAUUAAAACGAAACGGAGCUUUGUACUCUCAGGGUUUCAGAGCCGGAACGGGAGAGGAAUUAUUCACAAUUCCUAUUAGUGAGAGAGGAGAGCUUUUCCAGUGAACCUGUCCUUGUGAAUUUCAUCUUGUCAGAAAUGGUGGGGAGCUGCGGGACGGCACUGGGACAGCGCUGACCGCGGGGCACAGCCCGGAGCGCGGCGGUCCGCUCAGUGCCGUGGCCCCGCUCGCUCCGCUCCUCGUUCUGCACUCCUGUUCCCACUCGCCGGAGCUCUGCAGAACUUGCCACGCAUCUCGGUAUUUUCUCUUUGUGAACUUCUAUCAAUAUUUAACGCACAGUGUCGGUUUUGCUGUAAGAUGAGAGGAGCUACGAGAAGCCUGAAUUAUACAUGGUGCGACGGGGAGGCUGGGGAGCUUUCAGUGAGCCGAGCGCGGCGCCGCGGCCAUGGAGGAGCUCCAGCAGAACCCCGGGCAGCGGCCCCGCAAAGUGCGCUUCCGAAUCUCGUCGGCGUGCAGCGGCCGCGUGCUGAAGCAGGUCUACGAGGACGGGCAGGCGUUGGAGCCGCCGGCCGUGGAGCAAUCCCGGCGGCUGCGGCACAGCUUUGAGCCCGGGGUGCCGCCCGACGGCCCCGCGCCGGGACCCCCGCAGAGCAGCGGCUGCGGGGGGGAUGGGAGCGGCCCCGGCUGCCCCCCCGCCGGCAGCGGGCUCUAUGGGGCUUCCCCAGUUAUUGACUUUGGUCAGAUCAUCAUCUACACCAACAACCUGAAAAUCAUCCGUGCGCCAAUGGACCAGAGAGAGCUCAUGAGAAGGAUCAUCCAGACAGAGGGGGUGAGCGACUGGGCCUUUGUGUACAGGGAGAGGAGAGAAAGAAUUGGUGCUGGGCAUAAAAAGGAUGUGGAAAAGAAGGCUGUCUGCAGCCAGUACGUGCAGGAAAGAGGUGCUGAGCGCACCUGCUCCCAGUGUAAAGGAUCAGGCUGUGCUCCUUGCUCGCUGUGCCAUGGCAGCAAGUUUUCAAUGCUGGCAAACAGAUUCAAGGAGUCCUACAGGGCUCUGCGCUGCCCAGCCUGCAACGAGAGCGGCGUGCAGCCCUGCCAGCUCUGCGCCGCGUGACGGAGCUGCGCUGCACCCGGGGCUGCGGGGAGCUUUGCAUUAUUUCACCUCGAGCAGCUCUGCUCUCGUGGGGACUUUUUAAAGAUGGGAGCAGCACGAUUCGGGAGAUGGCCAUAAAUACGAACGCAGCGCCUCUGCUCCACGCUGUUCCUCUUGCACACAUUUGCUCAAUCGGAGCCCCGUCCUGCGAAUGCACAGCCAUGUGAUGUGAUCUGCACGUGGGGGCUGAGACCUGCAGGACUGCACCUGGCACCGGGAGCCCAGCGUGGGCAGUGCCUGCAGCACUGCUGUGGCAGCAGCAGGCAGCAGCAUGGGCACAGCUGGGUGUGGGUCUGCGCCACGGCAGCACAGAGCGGUGCCUCCUCUGGGCUUUAAUUUGCAGAGCACGUUAAAGUCAGACCAUCUUCUGUAAUUACCUCUGAACUCGUGGUGUCACGAACUUUUCCUGAAGAUUUUGCUGAUUCUUACGUCUGUUUUAAUGGACACAACGAUUGUUUUAAGGUUUGGCUUAUGGGGGGAAACUGAAAACUUUUCCCAAAUCAGGAGCCAUAGAAACUUACAGUAAUUUAUUAUUCAACUAGGAACGAAUAAGCUUUUAGCCUGCUUAGGAGGAAGUGCUGAACUGAAAUUCCCCUCUCCACUGCUCAGCACUUUUUCUGGAUCGGGCUGGCAGCGAGCAGGACUCCAGUUGCCCAAUAUUAAUCCCAUGAUGUAAUCUGCAGAAGGUAAACUCUAAUUAGUUAAGGUGGAGCAGUGAUGCUGAGCUCUUUGCAGGCUGCCCCUGGUGGUGCAGAAUGCGCGGGAUUCGGGAGCUGGAAGCAAAUGGGGGAAACACGCUGUGUGUUUUUUUCUCCCCGAAGCCUUAAAUCAUGGCGCCGCAUAUUCAUGAGCAAAGCCGAGGCUGCGUUCACUUGCGCCGUACCGGUGAGACCGAUGAGCUCAGCGCUGCCCACCUGCGCCGCGCUGAGGCUGCAGGCCCGGCUCGCUGCCAGCUUUCUGUUUGCUGAUGGCUGCGAGGUUUCUCCAAGCUGUUUCAAUGGUUGGAAGCCCUCUCAGCCCUCGGGCUUCCACUGAUGGGCCGCUGGAUUUUCUGAGCUGGGACGAAUGAUGUAAUUUUCAAACAAAGCGCACAAAAAUGCAGCUGAUAUUCGUUCCGCUCCAUUUAUCGCGUUGGGAUCUGCAGUGUGAAUAACCGCAGCCCUUCGGCUCUUGGUGAGGGCAGAGGAAUCCUCGCCGCUCCGAGAGCGACCGGGGCGCUCAGCCCCGCAGCGGCCGUUUGAUCCCU